CGUUCGUGUGUGUUAUUUCCAUAAAUCAACCAUACAUAGUUUUGUAUGCUAUGUAUUCAGAUUAAAUACCAGGAUUUGAGGUCAAUUUUAAUACAUUAGCUUUUUAUACUUUACACUUCGUGCAUUUUGUAGGUGAUUCGAGGAAAAUAUUAAGUGUCAAUUCUAGUGAAAAAGCUCAUCAUUUUUAACUGGAUAUUGUAAAAUUUCUUAGAAAAGAACAAGGCAACCUCUCUGUAUUACAACGUAUAAUCUGGUCGUAUCAUUACAACUAGAAAAUGUCUAUAGGCAAUAUGUUGUUCAAAGUAUUGUUUUUGGGAUUGAUCCACUCUUUGUAUGGUGCUUCAUACUUCGAUUGUCCACCAGGAUGGAAGAGCUAUGGUGAAGAGUGUUGGCUGGCAUCGACACAUCAGAAGUCAUGGGAAAAGGCUUACGAAUUUUGCAGAGCUCAAAGCCCCGAUGGCGCUUUUAUUGAUAUAAGAAAUAAUGAAGAAAAUGAUGCAGUGGAAGAUAUGUUAAAGGGAAGUAAUUUCGAGUAUUGGUUUGGCUUGGAAGUGGGAAAUAACAAUAUACCUUAUGUUUAUAAUAUGUAUCUAAGAUGGAAUACGACAGGAACAGCCGUCACGGAAUAUGGGCAACAAAAAUUAAGAAUGUAUAAUUCUCAUUCACGACAAUGUGGUUAUGUAGAUGAUAAAGGUUCUUGGUUUCUAACCAGUAGUUGUAAUUUACGGAAACAAUUUAUAUGUCAGAAAGAAACAGAUUGUUUACGGGGAUAUUAUGGCGAGUCUUGUGAUCAGAGGUGUAACUGUUACAAAGCUGACUGUAACAGAACUACGGGAGUUUGUCAACAUGGUUGUUCUAAUGGUUGGAUUGGCGAUCAAUGCAACAUAGAAAAACAACCUGCUCAAGUGGCAGUAUACUGUAUUAAAAAAUCAGAAACGGAACAAUACGCUCUAAUAAAAAUGGAUUUAAAGAGCGUUGACUAUGAUGAAGUCUAUAUAUUAGAUGAGAAUGAUACCAUUGUGUGUAAUAAAUCAGUAUUUACACGAGAUUCGGAUGAUAUUUACACUCUUAAAAUAGAUAUGCUCACCGAUCCUCUACAAUGUUCUCCUAAACAUAUUUCAAAAGGGAAAUAUCAAUGGACACUUCGAACAGAGGAAAUUGAAGGGUUUCUAAGUGAAUAUGAUAGAAAGUUUGACGUAAAUUGUAAUUUCAAUGGCGCUGAGAAGUUGUCUCGUACAAAACAACAGUCUUUAUCAGAAGAUUCAAUGGCCCAACUCACCAAUACUGAAAUUAAACAAUCAACAGAAUCGGUACGAUUGAUUAUACAAGAUCCAUCUACAAAAACUGCCGUAUCCCAAAUUAAAAUUGGUGCCAAGAUUCAACUAGCUAUGGUACUGAACCUUCAAAAUACUUCCAUGUCUGCCAAAGGUAUUUCUCCUUUUAACUGUAAAUGUUCUACAUCCGACGGUAAAAUAUCUCAAGCUUUGACUGAUUCCAAUGGAUGUCCCUUGAAGAAUUCACCCAUAUAUUUGAUUGAUAGUGAAAGCUCACCGUCUCGUGUCGUUUCAAACCAUUUUGAUGCUUUUACAAUAGAGGGAAGAUCUGAUAUAAUAUUCCAGUGUCAAUUUCAAUUUUGUUUCAAUGAUUCUCCACAUAAUGAAUGUCCAAGCAGAUGUCAGUAUCUGAAGACUAGAAGGCUUAUUAAAAGAUCAGUAAAUGUAGAUAAUGGGAUGUUUUCAGCUUCACACAUCUUUGUUCACCAGAAUUAAUUCACUAUGACAAGUUUAUGUAAAUAGGAUUAGAAUUUGAGUCUGUACUUGUAUUAUGUCUAUUACAAUAAACCCUAUAUUCAGUAUGU